UUCCGAGAGGUGCAAAAUUACACGAAAUAAGAACAUCACAGGAAUAUUCCUUCGUGUGGAAAGGCCUUUAUAAUAUAUAAUGUGAUCAUCGGCCGCGAGCAGCCGCUGUAAAUUAGAGAUGAUUUGAAAACACAUUUGCACGCGCGUUAACAAACUAUAGAUGAACAAUAAGCAAAUCUUGUAUCAUUCUCUAUUCACGUGUGUGCGUUUUAACAAGCAAUUUGAUCGACAACAAAGCCUACUGCAGUUAUGCGUGACAUGAUCGCACGCAAUUUUUUUUCCAAAGUUGCGAGUGAGUGCCGCAAAAAAUUGCUUUGUUUUCCGAUAAAUUAACCAAUCAAGAGCAAUAAUAAAACUUUCCAUCAUUUUGUGAGAUUUGCAUUGUUAUAUAUCGGGUAUUUUUUAUGCUAACGGCAUAACCUUGUUCUUUUACACACGAUAAAGGAAAAAAAGUAAAAAGCAUAAUGAGCUUUUACGCGAUUGUAAUAUGAGAAUUGCAAUAAAUAAGUAAAGCUGAACCUGACUUUAUUUCAAGAUAUGCUUUGGAUAUUGUGAUUUAGAAAGGCGAAAAAAGUAGACUAUUUAUGUGGAUGCUACAGAGCCUUAGCAUUCAUUUAUUAUAGUUUCUUAAGAGAAAACAAGGUAUUGAAAAAAUGCAUGGAAUUAGGAGAGUAGUGACGUUUUGCUUGUUGACUAUGGUGCUUCCAAUAAUGUUACUCAUUGUUCCUCUAUAUUUAAAACAUAGUGUCUUUGCAGAGAUUCAAUUUGCAGUGACAGAGUCUGAUGUAGUAGAAAUUACAGAUGGUAUUUCACCGGUGUUUUGCUCAGAACACAGAUUGAAAAUGAAUGAAACUUUUAAUGCAUUUCAAGUAUCCAAACGACCAGAAAGGACAAAAAACAGAAAACAUAUAAGACUGAAAAAAAGUAUGACAUUACCUGAUGAUACUCUAGAAUACUGGGGUUUCUUUUUGUUAAAAGAUGCUAGAGUAGUAUUGUCUGUUUGUUCAAGAUUGGAAGGAGCUUCCAUUCUUGUUGUGAAAGGUGAAAGGACCUUACGUACUUGUGGAAUGUUAGAUCAUAACCAAAAUAAAGCUAAAGCUACUAAUAUAUAUAUACCGAAAGCUGAUCAACAGGUGAAAGUUACAUUUGAAUCCAAUGCUCAAGAAAUUAAUUCCCAAGAAAUGACUUCUAAUAAAUUCGAUGAAGAAUCUCAACAAGCAAUUCAUUCAACUAAUAAUAAACUUGCAGAUAUUAAAAACGAUUUUAAUACAGUAUCACGUCAGAGUAGGAAACUUGUUGAAAAUGAGCCAAGUGUUACCAAAACAUCAGUAAAUUCAGUAGACAAAGAUAAAGAAUUGAAUGCACUAGUAAACAAAGCAGAACAGUAUUUAAAUAAUCAUUUGAAUCCCAAAUUGAAAGAAUAUAGUUCUAUGGAUAAACCUAGACAUUUUAAAAGAAGAGCAAUAAGAUUGUAUAAAAUGGAUAAUAAAUUUGAUAGAAUGAAUAGUGAGAAUAUUAAUGGUACUGAUAGUCACAUCCAGUCAACUACUCACAGAAUAAAACACCAAAAAACUUUAGAAACUAAAAGAAAUAAACAUAAAGAGCGUAUAAAACAAUUACAGCAAGAAUUAGGAUUGAAUGCUGAACAAGGCGAACUAGAAAAAGACAAUCACGGCAAAGAAGAAGGCAUUAAUGAAAUCAAUAAAAGGUACAGAAGAAGUCAACAGCCUAUUAAACCUUCAAUUUUGGAUCGGGGUUAUCGACAUGGAGGGGGACCAAAUGUAGCAAACUCAACAGAUGAUUCUUCUUCCGUUUCAAGUUUCGAAAACGGUUUGUUAACUUGCUAUGAUGGCAAUGUUUUGUUAUCCCACAAAUUUAGCCCAGCAGAAGAAUGUGAUGUUAAUUAUCUACUCAAAGGAAACAAACAUAUGCAAACCGAACAUAAUGUUACCGAAGACGGAUAUUAUUAUUAUAUUUUCUACAGUGAUCACGACGAUGAAAAAAACGAUAUUCAUGCCAUUUUUGACAUUUAUAAGCCUACUUUACAAUUUGCAAAGGAUGCAAACAAAUGUAUUAACAAAACGGAAUGCGUCUUUCCAUUAUCAAUAACAUCUAUGGAUAGAGUUAUUGUUGAAGUUCCAACUAGAGAUGGAAUCGAUCAUGAAAUUGACGAUAUUUCUUUACUCAGAUCAACGUGCGUUCCUCGUAUGGGCAUUUAUGUUAUUUUUCCAAUUGCAGUAUUGUUUCUUGUACUUGGUUGUGCCUUCAUGUAAAUAUUAAUGUAUAAUUUCUAUAACUUGUUGCUAAUAAUUUUACAACAUAAAUUACAUUAGAUAUUAAAUUAAAAAUAUUUUAAAGAUAUUUUCCUAAUAAUAUUUUUAUAAUUUCGUAUAAAAUGUAUAUAAAUUAAUUUAAAGCGUCCUUUGAUUAACUAUAAUUGUUAUAAUAACUAUAGGUAUAUAUUAUAUGUGCAAA